AUUAGUCAUUAGUUCUACUUGUGUUAAAUCCUCACUUAGUUUUCCUGCCGUUUCAAAUUAAAUGAUGUCAACAAACUGCAGAAAUGCUGCUUUGGUUUUGGAUUCUCAUGUCUGGAUCCCUCGGUGGCUGUUUAUCUGCGCAACCUGUGGUGGUUGUGAACCUGAAUGCUAUGGCGAUGCUGCCUUGUCCUCACACUAACGGAAAUGUGAUGUGGACCCGCUACGACACCAAUGGAAAAUUAGUACCGGUUAUUCCGAUAAAGAAUGAAGCGGAGACCAAAACUGGGCCAAGAGAUGAACGCUACAGAGUCCUGUCCAAUGGGUCACUGCUUAUCCUGAACGUGAAGAGAUCUGACUCCAGGAUGUACCUGUGUAAUUCAAAACGUGUGUAUCUGAAUGUGACCGAAGGAAACGGUCCAACCAACCCACCCAGAACCCACGAUCUAGACCAGGACCCACUGGAGUCUGACAGAAACAGAGAUGAUGUACAGAUCCCACAGAAGUCAGACUCUUGGAAAAUACCAGUCGGGGUCAUCGUAGGUGUGAUGCUGGCGCUUUUGGGCAUCGCAGCCUUUAGAUUCUGCUCAAGAGGAAGGAUGUCUCCACCUAAUAAAACCACGGCCGAGGUGGUCUACGAGGAGAUUAAAGAUGGCGGGACGGGGACGAUGAUGGAGCCUGAUGUGGAAAGUCCAUACUCCUGGGUGAACAUGGACUCCACUGCCCACGGAGAACAUCUGUACAGCGUCGUUAGCAAAACCAAAGACCGUCACAACAACCAGUCUGUUUAUUCACUCGCCCAAAAUCCACUUCAGCCACUAAAUAUCAGCCCUUAAUGAGACAUGCACUAAAAACAGAAUGGACAUAAUGAGGCACAUGUUAUUUUAUGCAUCAUUAUCACAAUACUUUACUGUUGUUAUUGUUAUAAUCACGGUGGUUUUUCACUUAAUUUAAAUCAUGAAUAUUAUGAUAAUAAACAAACAUUUCAUCAGGAUAACCGCUCUGAAAGUUCUCUCCAUAGAUGUGAUGAGAGUUUGCCAUGUUUUUACCAUAAAUAAGUGUCUGGUGGUGGCUGUUUUUAUUUGGUGGCUGUGUUUGUUGGUUUGUUGGUAAAUAAUCAGAACAAUAAUAUGACAUGAUGUAUGAAUUCAUUGUCCAAAUUACAAUGAAAAACAUGCGAAAGUUGGUAAUGAUGUACAGACUCAAGAAGACAAAAAGAAUGGAAAAUAAUGGAUAAAGUGGAGGUUUUUUCAUUUCAGGGCUUAUAGUUAUGUAUUUUGGAAGUUGUUCGGACCAUUGUGUUCAUUUUACAUGCUUUUCUUUCCUAAUUUUUUAAAAUAUAGAUAAGUUUUGGCUGUGUUCAUACACAUGACAUGAGGUCUGG